AUGGCGACAGGGAGACGACUUUGCCCGAGCGAUACGUUCCAGAUAUUUGCGCUCAAGGUCAAUGACCACGAAGGCCACCCCGAGUUGGCCAAGGCUUUCCCAGCUGCACGCGAAGCCGUGGUGCGUGAGGAUACUGCCCAGAAGAAUCAUGAGGCCCUGCCGACAUUCUUGCCACAGAACGAGGUCAGCAAAAGCACCGUCCAUGCCUACAUGAUCUACCGCAAGUACGGGCUGCUCACGUUGACGCAAUUCUCGAGAAUGUUUAAGAAAACGCCUCAACAGCUGGGGCUCAACACAAUCCAGCUCGCGGAUGGGAACAAGUACUUCAUGAUAUCCCUGGACUGCGAGGGGCUAUCAGAAGUGGCGCGGAACGACCUCUUGAAAAUCAAAGUGUUCGUCGAGAGCAACAUGGAAAAACGAGAUGUAUACUUGAAUGGAUCGACACAACUCAUGCCGAAGCAAGGCAACGAGGUGUUCCAGUGGAUGCAGAGCACGUUCGGAGAGGGCGUGCCCAAGAUCACAUCGGUGCCAAAGACAGCGCAACACAUCGAAGGUCUCGCUGCAAAAAUGGAAAUCGAGCUGGCGGCCCAGAUCAAGAACCAGCUGAACCAGGAGCUGCAGCCACAGGAGGAGGAGGAGAUCGACGAAGAAGCCCAGUCGCGAAUCCUGCAGGAAUCCUCGCUGUUGGACAACAUGCAGUUUGAGUCAGACAAGCCAAAGAAGAAGAAGCGAGCGUUGGAGAACGCAGCUGGGAAGACCACUGCAGCUGCGGCGUCCGGGCCUCCAUUGACGAUUGCAGCGGGUUUGAGCUCUGCUUCCAGCCGCCCUGCGUCGGACCCUGCGGCCAUCAUGGAUGCUGGCUCAGUCACGUCCGGAGGCUCCAAGAGGAUCAAGAAGUUGGACGGUGAGCUGCAAGCUUUGGACGAGGACAUGCAGCUUGUGGCACAGUUCCAUAUCGAGCAUGGGAGCAAGUCUGGCUCCGUUAAGUCAUUGGCAUAUCUUCGAGUCGAGAACUUUAUGUCUCAGUCAGCAGGCCAUGACGCAGGACACGCGCUUCCGGCUGCAAAGAAGAUCCGUGACAACAUGGUGAAGUAUGCCGGUGACUCCCAGCAGUAUCGAUUGCUUUGUUCCCGGAUUCGGAGCUGUGAAGUGACCCAGCUCCUUUCGACGAAUUCGGCCCAGACGUUGGUGGAAGCCGAACCGUCAGAUGACCGCCUGAAGCUGAUCGAGAGUAUCGCUCCGUCACUCACGUGGAGCCUGCAGGCCAAAGUGGGUUUGAUGUGUGCCAUUCGCACUUUCGUGGCGUUUGGGGACGAUGUCGAGUCCACUACGGGGGAGCUGAGCCAACAGCAGCGAGAGAGCAACUCGCAGAUCAUCGUGGAGUGUGUGUUGCCCACUUUGAGCAAGGCUGAUUGGCAGUUCGAUGCACCUUGCCUCGGCGCCUUGCUGAAUGCUUGCAUGGAUAAGUUGGAGGCAACGACUGAGUCCAUCGCCAUGGGCACGGUGGAGGAGGAAAAGGCGCAGGCGACAAUGGAUGCUGUGGUGGCGGAAUGUAAGAAGAUCGUGCAGGAUGCCGGAACGAUGCUGUUGGAGUUUGUGGGCUGCAACAGCUUUUUCCAGGUGUUCAAAGAGCUUCUGAAGUUUCAGCCGGGCAUGAGUGUUUUCAUCAUUACCAUGCUGCAAGGCGUGUCUGACGCGAAGGAGGCGACAGAUGCUUUGAAGCUGCGGGACGGGGAGGACAUGCUCGUGGAUGGAUGGGAGGCUUUGAGCUCCGCGAUGGAGCGAUGUGAGAAGAUGCUGCGGCUCAUGGCAUGUGUCUUGGCCCUUGAGCUACCAGAGCCAAUGACACCGACCUCGAGUGUUGAUUUCACCUGGUUGCUGGAGAAGAUGCCCGCGGCUUUCCCGGAAAAGACAUUCCGGGAUGUUGUGGACACCGAGUGCGAAUGGAGGGCGGUCUCGAAAGACAUCGUGCGGACGGCCGGCACCACAACCAGAUUGCAGCCGCAGCUUCUGAGAACAAUGUCUUCAAUCGAGCAGCUCGCUUCUGAGCAAGUGCCCUUCACAGCAGAGCGGCUGGGAGGUCUUCACGAUGAGAUUUUGGAGCUGAGUGAGGGGCUGCGACAGGUGCAUGUGCAACCUUUGAUCCAGAAAGCAAGGGAUGCCUUCUACGGUUACAGCCAGAAGAUCUUGGAUGGUUCAGCUCCUGAUGUGAGAAGCCGUGAUGUGGAAGCGUUGCUGAGAUGCAUGAGCAUCUUCCAGAACGACACCAGCAUGGCCGACAUGAUGAAGCAGGUUCAGGAGUGGGCCAACGACAGCUCCCAGUCCAUGGCCCUUGUGGAUCUGAAGGACCUCGCCGCUAUCGCCGAAACCAACGGCUUGGCCGAGCUCGCAAAGAUUCAGGCCAUCAUGCCCCGAUUGCGCAAACUCCGGAGUGACGAGAAGACGGAGGACGUCUAUGAGGCAGUGCUCUCCCUUGUCGUGCGCUGCUUCCACACCCUGCUGAAGGAGGUCAAGGAGGAGCAGGGCCGUUUGACGCAGACGACGAUGAUCAAAAGAUUGGGGCUCAUCGACGGUCUGGCGGCACUGGUCUUGAAUGCAGAGGACAUGCGGGCAAAGGCGGUCAAGACUCAUGCCAUCCUCCUGAAGUCAGGUGCCGCCCUCGCCCGUUCAAUCUUCGAGUUCGAAAAGACCGGCAAGGAUGUGGAGAUGAGGUUUUCUCGCGACAAAAACAAUGUGGGCCUGCAGGGUGUCCUCAAGACUUCAUCUGUUUUUCAGCAAAACGUUGUGCAGCUCCGGACUGCGUUCGAGGCGCUGACUGACAGCAUCCAGAAUGAGAUGGACGAGCAGCUACCGGAACCGGAAGCAUCGCGGCAGCAUGAAGGAUCGGCCACAGACGGGUUGGCCACUGAGGAUGCGGAGCCUGCAGAGCCGGCGGAGCCCUCGCCGAUGGAGGUGGAGGUUGGAGUUCUCACGACUUCUUUGGCGUUGGUGGAGGCCACUGUGGCCACUGACGCUGAUGCCAAGGCCCAGGAUCAGCCGAAGGAGCCUCGCAGGGUUCAGAUGCUUACAUUGGAGUUGCUGGCGGUUGACAGUCCGGGAUGCUUUGCUGGACACCUCACGUGCGACGUGAUUGUGGAUGGCAUACUUCGAGUGUUGAGCAUGCGCGAUGAAAGCUUGCGAAAGCGAGUGAGGGAGCUUGAGUUGCUGCUGAGCAAAGUCACGGGGGAGAAUUGCUGGAAGAGCAGCUUUGACAAUACCAGCUCAGUCGAGGCAGUGCUGGAAGUAGCCUUGAAGACAAUCGUCGCCCUGCCUCAGCGUGGAGCAGCCUUGGGCAAGAUGCUCGAUGCCAUCAGCCAGGAGACCUCCGACCACGUGGCCUUCCACGAAUCGUGCCAAGCCUCUGCUUUCAGCAAGCACGAGCUCGCAGCACCCCUCGAGGACCUCAUAUCCGUUUGCAAUGACUCAAGGCGUUUGCUUAUGGAUGGCCGUGUGAUCUUCGCCGAACAGGUCAUUGCACUUGCACUCAAGUUGCCUCAAGAUGAAGUGGUCAAGGCAAAACGAGUGCUCGAGGAUGUGCACGCCGCUAUCGUUGGCAAGAAGGAUGGCUUGGAUGACAACAUGAUUCAGCCUGUUCUUUGGUCUACGGCACAGGAAGUGAUGGGUACAAGGCCUGGCAAUGCCUGA